CAAGAAGUGAAGAAACUCUGUCUCUCCUCUGUUUUUUUUUUUUUUCCUUUCUUUCAGUCUUUGGCUUCUUUCUCUGUGGACCAGCUGUUGGAUCUGAGUUUUGUGGUAUGUUAAAAGGAAGAAAGAGGCCUCCAUAAUCCCAGUUAAGCUUAGAGCAUUGGUAAAACAAUGGCGGUGCUUGACCUGAUUCAUGGGAGGCCUAUACUAAAUCUUGGUGAGAGUUUCGCUGAUGACGCAUCUUCUGUUCAACUUUUCCUUCCAGAUGCGUUUAUUAGUAACGCUCAGCACAUUCAAAAGAAUCUCUCUUUUAGAUCUUCCUUUUAGACUUAAGUUUUACCUAUGAAACAAUAAUGGUAAAGUCAGAUUGGAAGAAAUUUCUUAGAACUCUGUCGAAUGAAGUCAAGAACCCUAUGUGGCCUGGCCUCCAAUGCUUCAUGGAUAAUUACAUUACCCUCCUCGGUCAAAAAUGUUUACAAAAGAGUAAUAACCCUAAGAUCCAAAGAGAGGAUGAAAAAUAAACCCAAGUUCCAUUCCGUGAUCCACGAGGAUUCACUCUCAAUUCAAUCGAUCUUACAGAGGAAAGCAAGCAUCCCCUGUUUCUCUGCUUGCUACUUUGAAAAAAAUGAGCCUUUUUACCCAACUCAUAAAAAAUAAGCCCCACAACACUACUAAAACCCAACUACAUGCAAACACCUAUCAUAUAUGUACAAGAAAGAUUCCACCUUUCCUCUUCCAAAAUACCCUUCAACCGUCUUAGUUCCCCUGAGAUGAUAAACGCGGUUCCUCCUCAGAGGCUUCAUGCUGAUGCGGCGGAGGCAGAGGUGGCGGUGGUGGCAUCGGCGGCGGCGGCUGGAGUUGAGGAGCAAAGGUGGGAACCGGCGCUGGAUGUGCUAUGAAUGUGGGAAUGUUGUCUCCAGGCAUCAACACUGAUACCCCAUUUGCAUACACCGUCAUCUAUCAUAAUAAACAGUUAGCAAAAGAACGAAAGAUGGAAAGAAUAUUGAUUAGGGGUUCUUUCUACUCAACUUUACUAUAGUGGAUCUAGGAAAGGUUUUUAAGUGGCUCCCAUUUCCUAUCAAGAUCAAACUGAAGGCCCUUUUGGUGUACUUCUUUUGUCUGUGGAGCCAUGUGUCUCUCAACUACCAAAGGAAGCAUAAAUCUACUACGUAAUAUAUAUCGAGACGGAAAUUACAUAGUUGAUUACUAGAUGAGAAUAGAUUGAAAUUACUGCUUCUAACACUUCAUUGUAUUGGAUCUUGCACGAUCUAUAAACUGGAUUUGAUCUCCUAAAAGUCGGUUUGAAGCAUUAAGGUAUUGGUUUGCCCUAACAAGUGAAGUUGUUGUCACAAGACACUUGUGAACCAAAUGUGUUGCCCCACCUAACAAGUCAAAUGCAUGUGUUUCAGCAAAUGGCAUUUGCCUUCCUAACCACGAGCCCGGUUAUCGUCCACCACUUGGCUUUUAGAGAACGGAUAAGCCAACGGCCCAGAUCUACUGCACACGCAACGGACGUCCCAGUUCGUUGAUCGCUUUAGUUAGUGGAGUGUGGGACCGAAUGACUGAACGACUGUACCAUGUGUCUGAUUUUUCUCCCCACACGCCAGAGAAAGAGGGAGAUCCAAAUGUCCAUCGUUUCCAAAGUUUUGAAACUGAAAUUUUGUUUUAGAAUUUAUACGUUGAAUCCCUAAUUUCUGAAAUUUGAACCAAUUCCAAAAUUUGAAAUUUGAAACCAAAAUUCGAAUCUUGAGCGACUGACGAUAAGUUUUAGCUUUCCCUGAUUCACUACAUCCCUUCACCCUCUCUGUCUAUCUACCCCUUACUUAUCUCCAUCUCAUGUAGAUCUUUAAUCUUCCUCCGCUCCGCCGUCCGUCUCUGCACUGGCGCCUCGUUCUCUCUACCUUUACCGCUUGUCUCCCUACAUCCCAUGGAGAUCCUCCUCCGAUCCGCCCUUUUGGGGAUACUUCUUUUGGCUGUGGAGCCAUAUUUGUCUUGUUGUGGAGCCAUAUGUCUCUCAACAUACCAAACGAAGGAUAAAUCCAGCAUCGCAUAUAUCGAGAGGGAAAUUACAUAGAUGAUUAUAUGAUGAGACUAGUUCGAAAUUACUGCUUCUAGCACUUCAAUAUAUUUGGAUCUCGUACGAUCUAUGUAGUGAAUUUGAUAUCGUAAAAGUCAUUUGAAAAUCGUUUGAGGUAUUGUUUUGCCCAACUUGUUGUCACAAGACACUUGUGAACCCAAUUUGUUGCCCCACCUAACAAGUCAAAUGAAAUGCAUGUGUUUGAGCAAAUGGCAUGUGCGUUCCUAACCACCACCAUUAAUAACUGGUUUGGGUUGUU